GCGAAACCAUCAGCGAAGCAUCAUCAAGGACUAUGCGGUACAAUGAAUGUAUAUAUGGGGACUCGAGGACAACAACAACAACAACAAACAAUGUAUUUGGCCAGCGAAUCGAUCUCAUAAUCAAGUCAAGCAAGGAAAAAUCAAUUGAACUAUGCACCAAUGAAUGGAAACGACAACAAGCCGACGCCAACUUGGCCAUCCACCAACAAAACAAAAAUAUUCGAUUGAACUGUGCGGUCUUGAGCCACCUCCAAUCACUCAAAUAUCCUUCAAAGGUGCCAUUCACUGUGGCGAUGGAUUGGUUGGGCACUGUUGGAUACAUGUACAUAUUAGUGGAUGUAGAAGGGGCGUUUGUUGCUCGAAAUAUUGGUCAGGUGAUUAUGCCUAGGACUAUGUUGAAUCUCAAAGAAUUUAAACGAACUCUGGACUUGCUAUUUGCAUUGAAGCGUUUUCUAGUGGACCUUGGUUGUCAAAUGGAAUGUGCUCUUCAAAAGUGUGAAUCGGAUGACCAACUACGACAGGUGAUUUUUUUGGAUGAUGACAACGACACCAAUGGGGAUGAUGAUGGAACCAACCCAAAGCAGCGCAUGGUAUUCUUUACGCCUAGGAGCAGCCGGAUCAAGAAGAUGAAGAUUGAUGGUCUGGACUGAAUGAUUCUUUUAGUUUAUAUUUGUGUACAUAUUAUAUAUAGUUAUUAUUAUACCUCUUUUUUUUGUCAUUACAUUUAAUAAAAAUGCAUUGUUUUACUCU